ACCUGGAGAAGGGAAGGGGACAUGGCUGAGGGCUAAGCAGCAGUGUGGGGUAAGAGAAGAGGGGUGAGAUGGAAAAGUAGGGCACUGGGAUGGAGGCCUAAGCAAAGGGAAUUCAGGCAAGGAAAAAUACUGGGAAAGAAAAGGAUGGAAGGAAAGAAAGAAGAAUGGAAGCUGCAGUUGUGGGGAAACUCUGGAAGAAACCCUGGGACUGGAGAGAAAGAGGAGGUUACAGGAGAGAAAGAGGAGAGCAGCAGGAAGAGAACCUGGAGAAGGAAAGUGCAAUCCAAUGCAUCUUUACUCAGAAGUCAGUCCCACUCCCAGGAAACAACCUAGCUCCUAUUCAUAUGCCCAACUUCACAAAACCUAUUUCACACAGCACCAUUGUUUUUGACACUGCACAAAAUGUGCCUAGCUGCACGUUAGAAGAAACCAUGUUACAGGAUGGAACAUGAGGCUUCCCAACUAGAAAAGCAGCAUGUACAUAGUGUCUACGAAAGCACAGCCACCUAUCUCAGUGACCUGCAGAGCAAAGCUUGGCCUCGCGUUCGGCAAUUUCUCCUGGAGCAAAAACCAGGCAGUCUCAUUGCUGACAUAGGUUGUGGGGCUGGAAAAUAUCUCACUGUCAACAGCCAGGUAUAUAAUAUCGGAUGCGAUUACUGCGGCCCUUUGGUAGAGAUUGCAAGAAAUAAAGGUUGCGAAGUGAUGAUCUGUGAUAACCUUAAUCUUCCUUUUCGGAGUCAGUGCUUCAAUGCUAUCAUCUCUGUUGGAGUGAUUCACCAUUUCUCCACAAAACACCGACGCAUCAAAGCAAUAAAAGAAAUGGCCAGGGUGCUGGUACCUGGAGGCCAGAUGAUGAUUUAUGUUUGGGCUAUGGAACAAAAGAAUCGGCGUUUUGAGAAACAAGAUGUGUUUGUUCCAUGGAACAGAGCCUUGUGCUCCCAGCUGCUUUCUGAAUCCAGUAAGGCUGGGUAUAAGAGUGACCAUGCAGGUUCUACAACAUCUCAGACGGUGCAUCCAUGCCAGCUAAUGAAUUCCGAAUACAGGUACCCUAUUCCCCUUGACCGAAAACAUCCCUCAAGGACUGAUGGCUGCUUAGCUGAAGCCUGCUGCGUGAAAAUUUCUGAAGAGGAAGAAAACCGAUUUUACAGUGCCCUAGGGAGAUCUUUUCGCUCAUGGUUCUCCUCUAGAUCUCUAGAUGAGACUGCUUUGAGAAAGCAAAGUGAGAAGAUGGAGCCUUUGAAAAACACUGUCGGCUGGACAAAUAGUAGCACCGUGUCUGUUCAGCCCUCAAGGCACUGUAGUUUAGAUUUAGGUCGCCAAGGACUUGAUGACUAUGAUGAAGCGUUUAUGAAGCAUGUGGCUUGCAAAAAAAUGGAAUGGCUGACAGCUUCUAGGUCACUGCGAGAUUUCAAUGGUGAGCCACCAGCAUUGGUCCAAGGUAGCAAUGGAGGAACCUCAUUUCUGGGUGGCCCUAUAGAAAACACAAACAGAAGCUACAUCCAUCAAGGCAACACUCAUUCUCCUGCAGACAAACGCUUGAAAAGGACUUCAUCUGUUGGCUCCAGUAAUUUUCUUGUAGAUGCUGCUGUGGCUGUGAGAGACCAGGCUGCUCACAGACAGGAUGCAAAAGCCUUUAUGCGCUACUACCACGUAUUUCGGGAGGGGGAGCUGUGCUCCUUGCUUGAAGAAAAUGUGCCCGAAGUUCAAAUCCUAAGCUCAAGCUAUGAUCAUGGAAACUGGUGCAUUAUUGUGAAGAAAGCCGAUGCACAACAGCAAGCGCAACUUUGAAAAACGAGAGCUUCAGACACUGCUUCGGAUGAGAUUUUUGAACCCUUCAAUGUCUGUCUCCCAUUCCUUGUGCAUCCAUGGUAAUUGUGUAUAAAGAUGUCAUUGUUAGAAAAAGGGUACUUGAUGUUGUGCUCAAGCACAAAUUUUUACAAACAUCCAUCAUGAUUUUAUAUUGCUUCUAGGAAUCCCAUUUGUGUUUUUUAAGCAUUUUAUGAAGAAAUACUUUUUGUAAGAUGAGGAACAAGACUUAAAAAUAAUAAUCGAUGAAAAUGUCAGUCCUGAACGGCAGGCAUGACCAUAUGUGCAUGUCUUUGAGUAGCAUUUGGUUCAGGAGCACACAGAUUGCAAUAUAGGCCUUUGCUCUUAAAAAUGUGCUGCUCUCCAAACAGAUGAGGCUGCACAUUUCUGGAUUUCUUUUGCACAGCAGCACUUUGGGAGGAGUUGGUGAGCAAAGAACUUAACUGCAAAAUCAAGGCAACAAGGAGGAUUAAGCAGCUGUAAAAGGUGCCCAAGAACAAAAAGCAAAGCUCUAUAUAAGGAAACUGCACCUUUUCAUCCCACUGUGUUUCAGUGCUUACUCUUUUUUUUUUAAAGGGAUGCAAAUUUUAACCGUAAUAGUUGGCUAUGGUUAUCAGUAGCACUGCAGAAUUGCUGGCAGCCCAGGAACAGGCUGCUGCUGGCUGCCUCCCUUCAUCACUCACACAUGUGUGCCAGCCAUGCACUUUGUGCCAAUGUCAGACCCAUGCUGCUUCAGGGGGCAUGGCCAGCACUGGGCAGGGGGAUGUGCAGCCCUUCCUAGCCUUCUGCCACUUUGUUCACUGUGCCAUUCUAGUCUAUCAGCUUUCAUUUCUGCUGUUAAAAGCAUUCCCCGAACAGUAGUCUACUGGAGGGGCUGGCAGAGGUGCACCUAGGUAAUUUUGGAGCCUGGAUGUAAAGGCCUUUGGAGCCCCCCACCCCUGCUGCAAGUUAAGCGUCUUUUUUAAACACAUAGGUUUUUGAGGGCACAAAUCACACCACCCAGGGCAGACUAAAAGGAUUUGGGGGUCCCCAGGGGUUGUGGAGGCCCUGGAUUUUGGCCCCCAAAUACAGGGGUAAGAGAGCCCCUGGGAGUGGGGCAUAGAUAGAUAGAUAGGCAGGCAGGCAGGCAGGCACAGGAGUAGGAUAAGCAUCUUUCUGGUCUAUUGGCUUCUCACAUUUCUCAUGAGCAGAUACCCUUACCUUGCUUAAAUUUUAAAGUUUGCAUCCUCUGAAAAAGACUAAAUCUUCAAAUGCAUCAGAAUAAAGGAUACAGUGCUUUUUCUUUAUAGUUGGAUCCCCCUCCCCCCCCCCCGGAGCAUUGAGAUGGAAUUGGGAGGCACCAUUUCUCUAAAGGAAGGCAAGUAGCUCUGUGCAAAAGAUCCUGGAAUGUAGAGUCGAAGAGCUCAUACCUUUGAGCUGCAGUUCUUCACAUGUUUGUGCCACUGAGGCAAAUAGGUACCGUGCCACGUGCUCUACUUACGAGGGAUAGCAGACCCCAGUCAGUGCUGCAUUGUUCUUGGUGCUUGGUGAAUAAUACUAAUCAGGCAUUGGUGAUUAGCGUGUGAGCAGUUUGUGAUUUACAGGAUACUUAAUGAUAUCUACUCAGUAUUCUUCAGCAGGUCAGUCAUGUUACUUACUAGUCUCUUUAAAGAAAGAGUGCACUGAGCUUUAAGUUGGAUAUUCCAGUUAGCAGCACGGAUACAUUAAUUUGCUUCAUACCCUAGAGCUCAUCUGUUCCUUCCACUCUCUUCUGCCAAGUUCCUCUUUAUUAGGGUUGUCAGUUUUUUUCUGGUAGGGCUCCAAUGCUUUUUGUAGCCAAGCAAAAGUUUAGUCAUGGGUGAAGCUUUCCCUUUACUGCAUCUGGAAGCUGGGGAAGGUGAUGCAUCUAUUAAAUGCCCAGGAGUCCUCUAGGGAAGAAAGGUGUGAAUGUCUCUUCUUUACCAAAAGCAAUCUCUUCUUCCAGAUCCUUUCUCAAAAUGAGCUGCUUCUGCAAAGGAUUUCUUAGUCUCUUGACUCUCUUCUACACUGACUCUUAGCAGUCACUUGUCUUGUAAGAUGGAUCUUAAUGGUCAUGUUUUCCCUGUCCUCUGAUCAGGUAUGCUAGCACUUGGCAUUCUGGACAGUACUUUGCACAUUAUUGGCACUCACUACUACUACUGAUAUUUAUAUACCGCUCUUCAACAAAAUUCUCAAAGUAGUUUACAUAGAAAUUUUUUUUUAAAAUGUAAAUAAGUGGCUCCCUGUCCCUAAAGGGCUCACAGUCUCAAUAGAAACAUAGGGCAGACACCAGCAACAGCCAUGGGUGGGAUGCUGUGCUGGGUCUGAAUAGGGCCAGUUGCUCUCCUCCAGCUAAAUCGUAGAGAAUCACCACUUUAAAAGGUGCCUCUUUGCUCAAUUAGCAGGGGUAAUUGUAAAUGUCUGUUAGAAACUUUUGGCAGCAACAGUAGUAAUACCUACAGUUAUUUUUAUUCAAAUGCAAUUCUUGGAUAGUAAUGAUCAUUAUGAAACACUAAAAUACCCCAGAGUGUAAGUGUGUGUGUAUGUGUGGAGAUAAGGCUUCAUAUGAUUUGAUGAAGUUAGUGCUAUCAAUAUAUUAUUAUAUACAAUAAGUUUAACAGGAAAAAUCAGCAUUGGCAAAUGUUGUCAUACUAGCAGCUGGGUUGCAUAAUCCUUAACAGCAUGUCUUCCAUCCUUUAAAUGGGCCAUUAACAAAAAUUCUGAUUUGAUGGAAAAUGACAAAUCUAGAAAACUAAUUUCUAGAUUAAUUAAAAUCCUAGCCUAUCAGCUUGCAUUUCUGUCAGUUUUCACUGACAUUCUCUUUAAACUUCAUGUGGAUAGGUUUGUUUUUUUAAAAAAAUUUGUAGUCUUUUCCAAUGGUGCACCUAGAGAGCAUUUUUUUAAAUUUAUAUGGAUUGAUGCUUUGUAUUUUGAGUUAUCCUGUACAUUAUGAUGGUACUUCCUGUGCACUGAACACAAAUACAAGGAAAUACUUAAUGGUGAGGCAGCCUGUGUUUUUGUAUCUUAGAGUGGGGUGCUGCAAUUCAUUUGGGUUUCAUAUUCUAAAACCUGCAUCAUUGUGACGAUGCGCUAAACCGCUAAUAAUCAAGAUGUCAGCGCCUGGUUUUUAAUCAAAACAAGAGAGCUUUUCAUGAAUUGAAUUACACUUGAGGGCUUUUGGGGAGACUGAACAGAUCUUUUAUAAAAGUUAGCAUUUACUGUUACAAAAAUGCCCUCUAGUGGGCAUUCUGAAGAGUGAUUCAGUCUCAUCAAUCUAGCAUUACAGUCUCCAUUGUACUAUACUAGUGCCUUUCCACAUAAUUAAUCACAGAAUACUCCUGUUGCAUUUUAACCUUUGCAGAAUAGUCCUGCAGAUUCUAAUUCACAAGCUAUGUCUAGUCCAUACACAAUGGGUAGGUUUUUCCCCUGUGAAAUGGAUAGCCAUAUAGCCUGUUUUAAAAUUCAAAAACGUAUACCCUUCAGUAUUGUAGAGCCCAAGUGCAUGGCUAUCAAGAACUUGAAUGAAAAGACUGCAAAACGGGCAUGAAUGGGCUGCACAUUAUUUUGGGCAGUGGAGGUGUUCCCAUGCACAAUGAGUGCUCCUGUACUGGAGUAAUAGCGUAGUGUGGCCAUCACUAGUGAUGUCACAUGCAAUAGAAGGCUGUGGCAUUUCUGCAACUACUGGCAAGACCAAUCAAGUCACUAUAUGGUGAAGGGGGGAAUAACAUUUUCUCUAGUAACAUGCUAUUGCAAUUGGACGCAAUGAAAGGCAGCCCCAUAUGAAAAUCGGUCACGCCUUAUGCAAAUAAUACCACCCAAUUCAAAUGUGGAGGAUGAAGACAGUAUAACUUGCAAGGAUUCCAUGUGUUUAAAAAGCACAGUGAGGCAUGCUUUGACUGUCAUCUAGGAUAUUCAGUGAAUUCUGCAAAGUCAGACAUUACAGGUGCUCUGUUCCACCCUUUCAAAUCAGGAGUGGCUCCCAGUGGAUUUCUGAGUGGUGUGGCAUGUUUGGAGAAGAGCAAGAAGUGAUGGUGGGAGCAUCAUGCUCUCUGUGGGUAAUCUACAGAAAGAGAAGCUGCAUAUCUCUAAGCACAGGGGGAAGUUGCACAAUUCUCCCACACCUCGCUGUGGAUAUGCACAGCUUCUGCUUUGCACAUUAUCCUGAAACUCAAGAAGCAGUAGAGUUAGUUGCUUGGGCAUCCACUUCUUGCACAGCUGUCCCUGUCAGUGGGGACUCACCCUUUGAUGCCUGUCCCUGGUCCAGACUUCUGCCUUUCAAGCCACGUCUGCAACAUCUUGCAAAGCAGUGGAGCAGCCUGACAAAUGACCCCAGUGCCAUUGGCUAGUCUCAGUCUAGAAUAUGGGAUUCAUGACAGUGUUAAGGUUUGUAUGUCUGUAUGUAUUUAUUUGACCCAGCCUACCCUAUCCUAUGAGCGUAGACUGGGCAACAGUAGAGUAAUUAUUCCAUUCUUUCUUCCCUGUCCUUGGCACUAACAGCCAAUUUAAAUGUCUUAAACUACUUCAUAAAGAUGCACAGCUUGGCUUUGCUGAAUCUCUAGAAGCAGAGAAUUUCAAGAAUGAGGCCUUGCAAAUCUAUUUUGGUGUAUUAAGAGAGUAUUCUGGUUGAUAUUCACCAUAGAGGGACAUGGGGUUGGAGGUGGUGUCUUUAAGGGUUAUGGGCCACGGGUGUUUAGGUUUUGUAGGUUAUCACCAGCAACUUGAAUUACGUUCAGAAUGCAAUAUACACCAAUACCAUUCUCAUUUAAAGCCGUCCACCUUGACUGAUCACAAGCUACUUGUGCUGUUGAGCCUUGAUAUGCUGCAUGCAAUAAAAAAACAUCAUUGGCUAUAGUGGAACUAACUCAUUCUUUAGAAUAGCAAAUGUCACAUCUUUCACACAUGAUAUCACAUUUGAAGGGCCUAUAGAUAUAAAUGUUUCUAUUACACGAUGGAGAGAGAUUUGCUUUCUGCACCAUGCAAUUAAGUUGGUUUCUUCUGAACUCAAGAGAAUGAUAAUCUUAAAAGGACAAGCAGGCUGUUGAAGCUGUGACUGUGUGUUCUUUGUGCUACAUGACAUUUGUUGUUGGUCCUGUGCCUGUUUUGCAAAUCUCUUGGCUGUGAGAUUUGUCAUUAAAAAAUUCUAAUGAACAGUUUGGUUUGGUUUGUUUACAGGGUAUUGUUUUACUAAUAGCUUCUUUGCACGAUUUAACCCAUAUCAACAUGAAGUGCAGCAGGCUGCAUUAAAAAUUGAUGUAAUGACCAGACUCUACACUGUUGUAGGGUAGUGCAUUUGUAGGAUCCAGGGUUAUGUUUGUUAGCUUGUAGUAUAGCACGUGUGACCUUUCAUUGAUAGUGUAAAAUGCCAGACCUAAAUGUCAGUUCAUUACUUGUUAUCCUUUGCCCUGUAUUCAGUUUGGCAGCUACUCAUGGUUGUAAAUUGAAAGUUUGUACCAAAAUAUUAUAUUGUAACUGUUGGAUUUGUCUGCACAGACAUUAGAAUGUUAAACUUUGUUGUAUUUUAACUGUUCAGUUUUUUUUAACUAUUCCAAGGUACAUUAAUAAAGAUUUAUGUUGUCUCUCAUAAAAA